GUCCCCUUCAUCACUCUAAUCAUCCUCUACAAUCCACCCUGCAAACCCGCAAACCAUCAAAUCAAAUGGCACCAAAGACAGAAAAGAAACCGGCCGAAAAAAAACCGGCAGCCGAAAAAGCACCAAAACCAAAAGCCGAAAAGAAGCUUCCAAAAGACACUACAACAACCGACAAGAAGAAAAAGAGGAACAAGAAAUCGGUUGAAACAUACAAGAUAUACAUAUUUAAGGUAUUGAAACAGGUUCAUCCGGAUGUAGGUAUAUCGAGCAAGGCGAUGGGGAUAAUGAACUCGUUUAUUAAUGAUAUAUUUGAGAAGCUGGCUCAGGAAGCUUCUAGACUUGGUAGGUAUAAUAAGAAGAACACGCUUUCGUCAAGGGAGAUUCAGACGGCUGUUAGGCUUGUUCUGCCGGGUGAGCUGGCCAAACAUGCAGUUUCCGAGGGGACUAAGGCGGUUACUAAGUUUACUAGCUCCUAGGUUGUUGGUUGUUUUAUUGUUUAAUUUGGUUUAAUGAAAAUUCAAAGCCUUUAAGUCAUUCAAUGUGUUGAAUUUUGUA